AUGCCGUCAGACAGAAGAAAAACCGGGGCUACUUCUAAAAACAGGCUGAGGAGUGCUCACAGAAGAAUGCAGAACAAAGUGAGAGCAAUUAUGAAAAGUGAGAGCAAUUAUGAAGAUAUAUCUUUGCUGCGUCAAGAAAACGCUCAGUUGAGGAGAGAACUAGAAUUACUACAAUCAGUUGUAAUCCGAAUGGAAAGGAAAAUGUCCGUUAUUGAAGAUGGUGUAACAGAUCUAAGAUCAAGAAAAUUGCUUAAACAGCCAUUGCCUUUCUUUAAUACAACGCAGCAACCUGCAUCAAUUGUUUCCGCUCGAAACAAGGUGUUUGAUACGGCAGAGUGUUUGCACAGCCAAAACAUCACUGUUAAGAUUCAAAAGAAUCAGGUCAUUUUGCCCAACGGCUCCAGAUAUAAAGAUGACGUACCAUUUCUUACAAAUGCAGAUGCUUUAUUGGUAACACCUGAAGAGACAGAACACCUAGACUCGGUUGAAAUAAAAAACUCAGACCCAAUCAAAAAGGACAGCUCGGAAUUUAUGGCUUUCGGUGCUCGAGUUAAAACUGUAGAUGGGGUGAAGAAUAUGUACAGCAAAGUUUUAAUAGAUCCCUACGCAGCAAGUGCAGAUAACCGAAUCUUGGUAUAUAGAUUCUCUACAGAGGACUGUACCGUGCACGAAAAUUAG